CGUGAGAGAAGACAACAGUGAAGGGUUUCCUGGUUAAGCAGCAUUUCCUCAUGAGGAGCUGCUUUAUUCUGGAUGUGUUGCUGGUAAACAAUUAGAUGUGGUUACAGAGGACAACAUUUAAAGCUUGUGUUAAACUGCAUCAGAGAAAUGGCCAGAUCACCACAGAGACAAAGCUCCAGAGAGGAGUACGACUAUACUGAAGAGUAUGGUUCCCACAGUGACCAGCAGUCACUGAGGUUACGCCGUGUUCCGUCUCGAGUGUCCAAUCAGAAUCCCCCUCAGUUUGACUGGAGCUCGCCCCAUGAAGAGGAAGAUGAGGAAGGCAGCAGUGGACCCCCUCGAGACCUCAGGGCCACUCCUCUGCCCAUGGCUCUAAAACGAGCUAUGAGGCAGAUUCAGCAAAUGCGGGUGCCUGUGGUUUCCAGCAGAGAGUCAUGGAAACGGAAAAAGGCCAAAUCUCUGCGGAAACUGAAAGAGAGCGGCAGAGGAUUUCUAUCCUUUUUCUCUCUGUGGAGCAAGACUUUGCAAAAGAUCGGAGGGAACUUCGGAGGUGGUGUCCAGUCUUACUUCCUGUUCCUGCGGUUCCUGGUGGUGCUCAAUUUUGUUUCCUUUUUACUGAUUGCUGGAUUUGUCCUCAUCCCCAGCAUCGUCUUCAGAUCUGUCGGCUCCAAACUUAUUAACAGCACAGGUCCAGAGGCAUGCAUGGAAUAUGACCCUAAUCCUCAAGGCCUGGUGGUGUUCUAUAAUUACUUCCUUGACUUACUUUCAGGAACGGGUUUCAUGGAGUAUUCAUACCUGUUUUAUGGCUACUACAACAACACAAUGGUGGAGGACGUGAACUUCUCCUACAACAUCCCGCUGGCCUACCUCCUCACCGCCGUCUUCUACUUCAUCUUCUGCCUCAUUUGUAUCAUAGUGAGGAUGGGUACUGCGGCUCGAGUUGUCGUGGCAACGGGAGUUAGCACUGUGGGCAACUACAGCAUGAUCGCGUUCACCAGCUGGGACUACGGUUGCCUGGGAGACCGAGCUACCAAACUGAAGCAGAAGAACAUCCACUACGGGCUGCAGGUGGAUCUGGAGGAGGAGAGUAUGAAGAAAAGGGCAGCCACUCUGACUUUGCUUCAGAAAAUUGUCUUAUACUCUCUACGUGUUUCUAUGUGUGUUCUUUCAUUGGGGCUCAUUAUAGCAGCCUUCUUUGGCAUCUUUAAGGCCACAGAGUUCAGCCAGAAAAACAGUUUGCAGGGAGGGAUCCUGGGUUUGUUUUUUGAGUAUCUGCCUUCCAUCGUCAUCACCGCCGGAAACUUUGUGGUGCCGCUGCUAUGUGACCAGAUCGCCCUGAUAGAGCGUUACGCCCCCAGCAACACCGUCAUAGUGGCACUGUUAAGGUCAGUGUUUCUUCGGCUUGUGAGUCUGGGUGUUCUCCUCUUCACCCUGUGGGGUCAGAUCACCUGCGACGGGGCUGAAAAUACGGGAGAUUGUAAACUCUGCCAAUACAACCAUUUAAUUUACCAGUGCUGGGAAACGCGUGUAGGACAGGAGAUGUAUAAGCUGACACUGUUUGACUUUCUCAUCAACAUCGCUGUUCUCAUCUUAGUGGAGUUUCCACGCAGGAUGGUGGUGGACAACUGGUCCAAUAAGCUGACUCAGUGGGUGGGUCGACAGGAGUUUGUGGUUUCCGCUAACGUGCUCGGGCUGGUUUAUGGUCAGACUGUGGUUUGGACUGGAGCUCUGUUUUGCCCUCUGCUGCCGCUGAUCAACACCCUGAAGUUUAUCCUACUCUUCUACUUCAAAAAGAUCACACUCUUCUAUAAUUGUCGGCCAGCACUGAAGACGUUUCGCUCCACCACCUCCACUUUCUUCUUCCUGGUGGUGCUCCUGUUUGGCUGGGGCCUUGGCACAGUUGUCAUAAUUUACAGUGUAGCGGAGAUCCGUCCUUCAAUGGGUUGCGGCCCUUUCAGUGUUUUCCCCAGCAUGUGGUCGAUUGUGCCAAUGUCUUUCCAGAAACUCUCCAUUACUUCACAGGAGUUUCUCUUCUUCAUCGGGUCCCAGUCAUUCUCCAUCCCUCUGUUUGCCUUAUCUUGUGUGGUGAUGUGCUAUUUUGUGGCCUUAGCCUCCGUCUAUGGAAAAAGCGUUGCCUUGCUAAGAGCUCAGCUUAAAUUGGAGGGACGUGACAAGCAGUUCUUGGUAAAGCAGAUUGAAAUGCUGAGCCAAAGCCAGCAUAUACUAAAUUAGACAGCAGGAGCAUCUCACUGAACAUAGUGUAUGAACCAUGUGGUUUGACUAACUGCUAAACAUGAGAAAACAUGUUGAGGCAUCUGCAAGGACUCUUUGAACCCUGUAUGUACAUUAAAAAAAACCCCGUUAACUCCUUUUAUCUGGAGAACCAUUAAAAACUGGACAUUUUCAGCACUUCUUCCAAUAUCUCGAAAAUUGCAAGGGCAUUUAUUUGCAUGCAGUUGAUGUACACAAAUGGUAGAUACAACUGUGAUUAUAAAUUAUGUAUAAAAUAAAAUAAAAUCAGAUGUGUGGUAGACAAUGAUGUAAAUAUCUGAACUCAAUGUAGACAAGAAUGUUGUAUAUGUAUAUGAAUUAUGAGUAGUAAUAAAUACAAACAGUUUGUUAAAAA